AAUAAAUCCAUGCCAAACCUCUCCUCCACUGGAGUCCACGGACCACCUCUAUCCUGACACGACAUACUUUAAAACAACUGUCUCUGUCAUUGUUCGUGACAUACGACUAGCCCACCUAGUUUGCCUGCCAUGGCUACUCCUCGUCGCCGUUCUGCGCGACUCAGCAAGUCUGCACAACAAAAGCACUCUUCACCUCGAAAAGUGCCAUCUUCUGCGCACCUAGAAUCACUCGUUGAGAGAGACGAAACACCCGAAGCCAAUCAGCCACAAUCAAUCGAAAAUGUAUUGUCGAGUCCCGCGUCGCCAACAAGCAUCAAGUCUCAUCUCUCCAAACUCUCCAAACUAAAGACACCUCAAACAAUGCCACGGGUAGAUCGAGGUGAAAUGCAUCCACAGCUCAUGCAUCAAUCUACUGCUAAAGCACCGGAUUCUGGUCUUAAGCUUGGUUUUGUGGACCUGCCCUUGCAGGCACCCCGGUCCAUUGCCAGUGCACAGAACACCCCCUCCAAAUCCCGAACGAGCACUCCAGUCAACUUGUCCUCUACGAAGUUCAGUUUCAACUUUGGAGCAGAAGCCCAGUUGAGUGCUGAGGCGCAGGAGUUGAUGGACACGGUGCGAGAAGAAGCGGCCAAGAUCAAGGCUCAGAUGCAGGCGGAGAAAGAAGCACAACAGAAGAAAGACGACGAAGCUGAGGCUGCGUAUGGUGGCACAAAUGCGUCCGGGAGAAGAAUUGUCAAACCAAAGGGCAAGGUUGGUCGAUUCAGUGACAUUCAUAUGGCACAGUUCAAAAAAAUGGAUUCAAUCGCAGAUCACCCGUCCUCGUUUCGAAGCAAACCCGGAUUCGCUCAGCCUACCACCAUGUCCCUCAAGAGAAGUGGCUCCAAGGCUGGACUUGAUGAGGUAGAGAGACCUCGCACUGCUGGCAAGGGAACCCCUGGAAGACUUCCACCACCAUUCUUGGGCCGUCCAACUUCUGUCAGUCCUUUCAAAUCAAUUCCGCAAGUAUCGGAUCGUAUUGAAGCCACGGGUUCGGCUAAAAGAGCCCGCCAAUCUGAAUUUCACGACGUCUCGGCCAGUCGACCAGCGGAACAGCAAUCUCCUGCCAAAUCAAAUCUCCCUCGACCGGUUCCCAGUAGUUUGCUGUCUCCAACCAAGGCAUCCUUGGCUCGUUCAGCAGGUCCGAGUCAGUUGCCAGUUGCCUCGCCGUUGAAAUCACAUAGCCUUUCUAGGACUGCUAGUGUCAAGUCACUGCGAACCACAUCGUCUAUUCCUACCACCAGACCACCGUCUUCACAGGGAUUGGGCAGCUCCAAAACUAUUGAUGCCGUUUCUACGAAUUCGAUCUUUGAGAGACAAUCGCCCAAGAAAAGGGUCGCACCGUCGUCAGAAACAGUGAAGCAGAGCUCAUUAGAAUCGUACAAAUCCGCGGACGUGACAACCACAAACGCCAAAACUGUUUCAACCUCCAAGCUUCCGAUGCUGUCUGGGCUCAAGUCAAUUCUUCGGCACGGUCGAAAAUCCAAUGCUGCACCGUCGAUCGAAAAUCGGCCUGGUACACCGAAGCGACCCAACACCGCGAAUGCUGAUAGUGGCUCAGUGAGAAAGGUUGACUUCACCCCCAGCGUCAAAUCGAGAUAUGCAGUUAAGCUGGCGGCAGGCAGUCCCAGUCCAGCGAAAAUGCCUCAUCUGACCCCCGGGAAGCCUCCCGUGGUUCCAUACGAUCCCGCUGCAUAUAUCAUGCAGGAUGACGAUGGUGAUGAAAACUGGGAAGAUGCAGAGAGCGAGAUUGACUAUCCUCAACUACCACCACUGGGGUCCAGUCCUGCUGCCCAGGAAAUGGGGAAAUCCUUUGACAUCAAGGCCAAGGAGCACAAUCGUCGUGAAUCCAAGGAGUUCAAGUCGAUUUUCACGACGCUCCAUCAUCCUUCUCGCCCUUCCACCUUGACAUCGGUUAACACGACGGUCAAUCAGACGGGGCCAACUAUUCAUGCUAAUAAAAUUAUGCGUUCCCCGAGUAAUCCUCACAUGUCCAAGCCAUCCCCCAACACCAUCCGAUACGUUCAGGGCUCAGGUGCCACAGAGAUUGUCCAACCUUUCGAGGAUGCCCACGUCAAAACCAUGCCUCACGGUCUGCCCGGUAAAAAGCGACGCCGCGAGUCGACCUUGUCAGAUGAUGAUGAUGAUGAUUUCGGACCGGAAAACAAAGAGAACCGACGAAUGUCGAUCAUGCCCAAGGUUCCUGGUGGGUGGGAGGACUCGUUGAAGCUGGACGAAGUGGAUGAUGAAGGAGCCAAGCGUGGAGGCAAACGAGCGAAGUUUGUGCCCGCAGAAACCACCCCAGCCGCGAUGCCCCCGACGAACGAGAAGAAGAAGCCACGGGCGAGCUCGGCUCGAGAAAUGGCCAAACAGAAUGCUAAGGACCGCAAGGGUAAGGGAAUUUUGAGCCUCAGUCGCUUGAAUAUGUUGAGCCGCCCCAAGCAGAGAUCUUAAGCGAAGAGAUCUUUGCGGAGGUGUAAGGGGGGUAGUUCUCCGAUGAGAAGUAAUUAGAUGAAGAAGAAUCAUGGGUAUGAAGAACUCGCAGCGAAUUGAGCACAGGACAGCUUCGGAGAAUGGAGUCAUUUUUUUCGGAUUCUGGUAUGGGUAUUGGGACAACAGGACAUGACCAAAAGUUUGCUUAUCUUUGGGACGUGAUUGUGGAGUAUUGGAUUCAUGGGUCGCUCUCCUUGGACAGGCAUCCGAGGAGCUAAGUUGGGAUGGAUGGGAUACACGAUGGGUGUUGGAGGAGUGCAUUUGGGUCAAGGGGGUUGCUUGGGGAGUCGACGACGAUGUCAAGAGUACCACUGCUGCUGCUGUUAUUGUAGUUGUUUAGAACAUCAUGAACAGACCCUUGUCCCGGUCA